UCAGGUGAGGGAAUGUCCGGGGCGCCGCUCAGCGCUUCGAUACCGCUGGCAGUGCAGGUGUUACGGGGCGUCCGAAGACUGGAACCUGGAGGGCGACGGGCACAAGAGCCGCGGCCACAUCGCCGUGGAGCUGCGCACAGAACAAGGGCUUUACGGAGAGAGGAAAAGUACGGAAAGGGAAGAGCCGCUGACGCCGUCAUGCAUGUGGAGCACCAGCCUCAUGGCCUCUUGGGAUCUCUCUAGCAUCGGGCAUGCCAUGGAGUCCACAGGCGGUGGCACCUCCUCUGCCGCCGUGGAGUCGGACAUUUACCGCAGCCUACAGGCAGUGCUGCGCGAGUUGGAGGGACAGCAUCCCAACAGAGGGAUGCUGAGAUGGACGCUGCACAAGAAGGUCCGGAACAGUCCCUGCUGCAGCAUCUCUCUGGUGAAGGUGGCGGUCAAAGAGCUGGAGAGGGCGGAGAGGCUGGACUUCAAGAUGCACAUCAUCCCCCUGCUUCACACUUUAAUGUACGCUGUUAUUCAGGCCGCCCACGUUCCGGACGACCUGUACAAAAGGGUGUACGACUUCUGCAAGAGGUUGCUGACGCUGCCGCAGCCGUACUGUGCCCUGGGGCUCAGCUACGCUCGCCACAUAAAGGCUGAGCUCUCCACGCCAGGCUUGUUGUACCAGAGGAUGGUACUUUCAGAGCAGAACCUAAGGACUGAACAUUACCCCUUCCAGGAGAGGGUGCUGGUAUUUGCGGACCCUGCCGUCUUCUUGGGGUCUCUGGGGGAUGCGGUGCGGGGUGACUUGGAGCUGACGGGCGCGUUGCGGGGACCGCUGGCCCACAUGCGCAGCGUGGUGCAGCACGCCGUGCAGGCGGCCCUAGGGGACGAGUGUCACGGCCCCACGCUCGCUCACGCCCUCGGGGACAUUGGCCACGACGUCGAGGCGUACUUCCAGGAAGUGGUGGCGACGGUGGAGCGGAGCGCGGAGGAAGCCCGAGCCGACCGCAGUCAGCACGCUUCUAGGCUGCAGCAGCUGUACAGAAAGGUUCUCGCCGCGGCCCGACAAGAGCCAUUGUCCCAAGCCGCCCUGUGCGACACGCCGCUUCCCAAUCCGGAGUUCAGCUUCCACCUGUGGAGGGAGGAGGAGGACCUCUGGAAGGAGCUGGCGAAAUGUAUGCGGUCGAGCUCCGUCUCCGAGCCGUUCUGCCUCAGCCAGGACGACUUCGAUAUGGUGGACCUCCCGGGAGACCUUGGCUGCGGAACCCCUCGCUACUCUGUCAUGUCCACGGACAGCGGGAUCGAGCGGGACCUGCCGGCGAGCGAGCUCGCGGCAACGGAGCCGAGCGGCGCGGCGGAGCCGGAGGCGUCCCGGCUGACCCGCCGUGGCUGCAUCAAGAUGAAGCCGUCUGCGACGGAGAGCAUGGCGCUCAUCCAGGACUCGCUGGAGGAGACGGGGUCCGGUGGGACUCUGCUCAGGAAGGCUGGCGGCAAUAGCUGCACUCCGUUCCCCAAGCAGCUGCGACACUUCACCGCCCGUAUUGUGAUGAUGGGUGAUGACCGGGUGCUGGGGAGGCUGGCCAGAGCCUACUACUCUCUGAGGAAAAGGGAGGCGAGGCGUCUGUUUCUGACCACGAGAGUCAACCUGCAGAUGUACUACGUUCCCGUCACUAACGAACCAAUCAUUACCUCUCCUGUCAAGCAGAGCGCUUCGCCAGCGAGGAGCAGCGCUUGUUCUGUAGCUUCCUACCUCGGCAUGGUGGAUCCUUGGUAUGAAUGCAACGUAAACAGCCUCGGAUACAUGAUUCCCAAGCUGGCGAAAAUGCCGUGUCUUGGCAAGCCAGCGGAACCCAACCCGUUCCUGGUGGACGUGAUCUCUUACUACAUCCGAACUGGGCUGCAACCGGUCUACUUCUCCAUCUACUCUGUCAAGAUCUCCUUCAGUGACCUGUCCAAGGAUCCAGCGGAGGACGUGUUUGUCUCCCACCUGGAGCUCGACUUCCCCGAGUUCAAACAGUUUGCGCCCACCCUCAAAGACGCAUCUGUCAGACACAAGAAGAGUACCGCGGAAAUAUGUGGGGCAGUUGUGUCGGUGAACUACAGGAAGGCUUCCUUAAGCAACAGAGAAGUUGAAAAAGGGAUUUCGCUAAGGACAUCAGGCGUGCUCAUAAAUGCGAUUCCAUCCAAUGAAACAGAAGACCUUGAUUGUCUUUCUGUGAGUUUCACUGACCCAAAGCCAAAAACGGAAAUGAAAGUCCGAACAUGUAACAUUAAAGUCAGGACGCUGGAAAACAAGACCUUCACGGUUUGUUUCGACAAAGACUCACGCAGAGUCUUUAAGGACGUUCAAAGUAUUGAGGUGUAUCCAUGUGAGGAUCCCGGAUACAGUGUUCAGAAGAGCAUGAAGAACAAGUUCAGCCUGGGGACAGAUGAGGAAGUGGGCCUGAGCAAAUACGUGACUAAGGGUCUACCCCUGCCCAUCAACACUUUUGCAGGAAUCAUCCACUGACGGCACGGGGCCAGUUAUCGGAUGGGACGCAGACGCAAGUUUCUAGUAACUAAAGCACGUGGAAAACACAAAUGCAUUGCCCCUUGGAAGGUGCUUAAGUCACACCGACUCCAGUGACACACAAAAGAAUCUGGUUACCGAACAACAGUUGUAAGAACACUGGCACGUUGGCAGCUAUUCAACUUUUCAGAAAAUAUUUUUAGAGCCAGAUUUAUUCCUGACAACCUCAUUCAUUAAUAAGCAUCAUUAUUAACUGUUACACGCAAAUCAACAGAUUGUGUUAUGCCGACAUAGUUGCAACUGUCAUCUUCACAACUGAUCUGGGAGCCACGAUGAACUGGUUUUCUGGGGUGUGAAGCCAGUUAUAGACGCAUCAGGCAGGAUGCUAAUCCCUCGCAGUGACCUCCUCAUCUCUGCCAGCCCUUGCGUUGCUCUCGAAAGCCACUGGAUUUGGGCCUUGAAUUGUUGGAUAAUGUUACCGAGCCGUUGGAGUGACCGUGACCGUGUAUAGUCAGGAAAGCCAGGCUUCGAUGUCCCGCUAAAAGCCGCAGGAAGACAACUACGCUGCAUCUCCCCAGCUGAGAACAGCUACACCAGCCGAACCCUCCCCGAACAGCUCGUUGGCUCCUGAUGCGUUAUGACUGUAGCGUGAGAAACUGAUGGUUUGGUCACCCUUCUCCACCAUGCAUGCUGGUGUCCCGCUGGCCUGCUAUGAACCUUAAAGGCAGGACUUCACAGAGAUCGUCCUCUCUGUCCUAAGAGCACAGCAUGGUAGAAGGUAGUGGCAUAUGCUGGGUUAUGCAUCAAAGUGUCCAUUGACGCUGAGUAGAAAGGUCACAUGGGAGGGCUCUCACUGUAGCUGCUAUACACCUCACAGGCAUUUGGCAUGCAAAUGCCCUGGUUACCAGCAUCUGUUUUGCCUUUGACUUUAUACACAGUAUCCUGCAAGUGCAAUAUGGAGCAAGAUCCUUGGUCUGGGUGACGAUUGUCCUUUUUUUCCACGCGUUUUUUUUCUGACUUCUUCCCAUUUUUCACAGCGAAACAUUUAAUGCGGAAAAUAAGGUUUAGUACUUUUCUUAAAAGAUGCAUCAAGUGUGCCCUUUUAGGGCUUUUAACUUGCGAGGUGUUUCGCUUUCUUAAACCGCCGUGCCUCCGGCUGCUGACAUCCGAGAAGAUGACUGACUUGUUAAAUUGGAGGCACGGGAAAGAUUUAAGGAAAAACUGACAGUCGGCACCAAAUCGUCUCACUCGUAAUUUCUUACCCUUUUUAGCACAAGUGAUCUCUUUUAAUUUUGCUCCUUUUGUUUGUCACACCUCUUGACUGUUCAGAAAAAUAUGCACCUGCGUAAACACUGAAUUCAUUGAAAGGGCCUUCAAAGCAGGUUAAUAUUGUAGUUGGGAUUCGGGGCUCAUAAAUUGGUGCUACGAGGGCCAGCAGGAGGCCAACAGAUAUUUAGUCUUAACCUGAAACUGAUUCAUUAAGGUAUCUAGCUGUACAAACGGUGAACUUAGACGCCGUCCUUGUGCCAGUCUGGAUACGCAUGGUUUCUAUAUUCCCCGUGAUGUACAUACGCAUUCAAAGUACGUUCUCCCUCUUUCCGUCUGAAGUCCGUGUUCCUUUGUGGGUGUGGGAGAAUCCAUAAGUUUUUGUCUGCUUUAUACUAAUUUUUUGUCAGUGUGCUUUAAUAUUUUACUGCCCAGUUGGGAUGGUCGUUAAAUAGAACAAAUCUAAUUUUCACAUUCAGCAUUUGCACAACAUUUUGAUUCCCCCCCCCAUUAAAUGUUAUCUAUAUUG